AUUCCAAGACAACAACAAAAAUUGCCUCUUUGCCCUUUCUGUACUUUGUAUAAAUAAUCACAACACAUAAGUCAUAAGUCAUAAAUAAUCACAACACAAUACAUACUUAAGUCAGAUUGCAUUCUCUCACUGUACUCUGAACUCAACUGAAAAUAAAAACCGAAACUUCCCAACCAAACUUCAUCGCCGGCCACCAUAACCGAAGGUGGCAAUGGAUGUGUUUCAGGCUUAUGCAAGGCCUGAAAAUGUUGAUUUUGGUUUCGAGGUGAAAAUGACCGAAAACACCCCUGUGACUCAGUCUGUGCCUCAGGCAGAGGCAGGAACCGGAAAUGUUGAUUCUUUUAACAUGCCGAUGACCAACACUUCAGAGAAAAUCGGAGGUGAGGCAGGACCUGAAACUGUUGAUUCUGCAAAUGAGGCAAAAAUGACUUUUAACACCCCAAUGACCAACACUUUGGAGAAAAUCGGAAGCAAGGCUGGAACUGAAAUUGUUGAUUCUGGUAAUGUGCAACAAAUGACUGGAAACACCCAAAUGACCAACACUUUGGAGAAAACCGGAGGUGUUGACUCCAGACUUCGGAGAAGAAGCAAGUAUUUAUCUUACCCCUACACAGAUGGUGGACCAGGACAUAAAGAUUUGCCAGCUGAAACAGAAGAAUCGAAAACUCCACGUCCUCCUGUUAAAGCAAAGGCUUCACGCAGAACUAGGAAUGCUUCAAAUGGAUCUAUUUCAUCUGCUAAAUCGGGUGGCAAGAGGUUCCGAAGUAACUGGGACAGAAAAUUCAUCAGCUGUAGUAUUAUGUCUAGCAGUCCAGAAUUCAUCAAUGCAAGUUCCGGCGAUUUACUUUCAGGACUAUAUUCUAUGGCUGUUGAUUGUAUGUCUCCAAUCGAGAAUAAAAACUUCGAUAUGGUUGAGUGGUUCUUCUGCAAACGUAGAAUAUCAGAGUAUCGUGACGAGGCUGAACUUGCCAUUUCCCUGGUUAAUGAGAAUGGAGGGAAAACAGAGAAACCUGUGGCCAACGAUUUAGUGGAUACCAAAAGUGAAAAGAAGAGAAAGAACAGUAAAACGGAAAAUGCAGCAAGGUGUAAGAUUAAACCUCUUUCUGGCCUAUCAGAUAUGAAGGCUAGUACUUCUACAGGUAACUGCACAAGUUCUGGGAAAAAGCUUAAACAAAAGAGGAAGGUGGAAGAAAUAACUUCAAUGCAUCAGCUGCAAAAUGCCGAGACAACUAUUAAUGACAGUGGCAAUAAAUGCAGCUCAGUUCCUGAAACUCCGCAAAAUCACAAUUUCCUUGCUUCUGCGAAAAUGACUGGGCCUAAAAAGAAACAAAAGUUGGAAGCUGCACAAGUGCAUCAAGGUGUUCAAUCUGCUUCACGUGUGGAUGCAAAAAGCAUUGGCUGCAGCUCAAUAGUAAUAGAUUUGCAGCUGACCCCACCUAUACCUGUUGAUAUUCAUGGGAAAAGUAAUGGUCAAAGUAAGGGAGGACUAGUUUCUAAAGUUUCAAAUCCAGAGAUACGUGUCUACCAAAAUAAACUUGAUGGAAAUGUUACUCACAGUAACUUGUUAGUGAGUACUGCACCAGAGGCUGGUACUGCUUCUCAGGAAGGACGUGUAGGAAAUAUUACUAAUCACUUGUUGGUUAAUACUGCACCACAUGAGCAUCCCAAUGCUGAACAUGCUAGAGCGAUACCUGAUUUGAACAACAUCAGCUUUGAGUCCGGUUCAAGAAGAAAAGAAUCUGAAACUGUCAACUUCCUUUCACCUGAAUUGAAGUCAGAUCACCCAAGAAGCUUAUCUGCUUGUUCGAACCGUACCAAAACUGUCAACUUUGAUAGAGUGCAGGACAAUGGUGUAUCAUCCGGAACCUUUCUUUUCCUACAAUUUGCUCCAGGACCAGGAGUUGAUAUCCCAUCAAAAGAUGAUUUGCUGAAAACAUUUUGCCGGUUUGGUCCUUUGAAAGCAUCUGAAACUCAGUCUAUCAAAGACAAUGGUAGUGCUCAAAUUGUUUUUGUUAGAAACACAGAUGCUGCAGAAGCACUUCGUAAUUUAGAGCAGAACAACCCAUUUGGUGCAACUCUUGUGGGCUGCAGGCUCCAUCAUCCUCCUGCAGUGGCUGCACCAUCAGAGCGAUUCAGGACCCCAACUCAACCAACUAGGCCUAUGCGAAUUCCCCUUCAGCUUGUGAAGCUGAACUUGGAGAUGAUGCAAGCAGACCUGGAGAAGUCAGGGCACACUAUCUCUCCCCAGAAGAGAGCCGAAUUGGAAAGUGGAGUAAAAAAUCUUCGGCAACUGUAUGAAAAGUAUUCCGGUUUAAAUUAAGCAUCAUAGUUUUGAGAUUUAAAGUGGAUUAGAUUAGACAUUUUGGGUUUCUGUUGUAGUUCUUCUUCAGGUUUUGGUCUGUUGUACUUUAUUCCCCAUCCCCAUUUUUUGACUUUGCACAAAUGCAAAGAUGUUUAUUCAUGGCUGUCAUUUGACUCUACCAUCCCAAUCAAAUAUUGGUGUUUACCAAACCUUUAAUUCA